AUGAAUGCAUCACGACUAUUGCAGUUCAUUGUUGCAAUAUUGCAUGUGAGUGGUUUGUCAAGUAAUCGUUACGCAGAUCAACUCUAUGAGGAUUUAUUAUAUUUCUACAACAAAAAUGUAAGACCAGUACGAAAUGCAAGCAGUGCUGUACAAGUUAAAUUUGGUGCAUCACUGAUUCGAAUUAUCGAUGUGGAUGAAGUUAAUCAAGUGCUCACCACUAAUUUGUGGCUUGAAAUGCAGUGGUAUGAUUACAAGCUAACAUGGGAUCCGGAAAAAUGGAAUAAUAUUCGAAAACUUCAUGUUCCAUCUGAUCAGAUAUGGAUACCGGAUAUCCUGUUGUAUAACAACGCAGAUGGCGAACCGCACAUAACGAUCAUGAGUGAUGCGUUAGUCUACUACACCGGUGCAGUGGUUUGGAAACCACCGAGCAUUUAUAAAUCAUUUUGUCCCAUAGAUAUUGAAUACUUCCCAUACGAUAAGCAAUCAUGCUCAAUGAAAUUUGGUGGUUGGUCUUACAACGGUUUCCAAAUUGAUGUUCGACAGUUGCCAACUAAUCCUACGGACAAUAUCGAAACACAGUACGAUGAAAAUGGAAAAGAAUAUCAAUUUUUGGAACAAGGGAUGGAUCUAUCAUCUUAUUAUCCGAGUCGUGAGUGGGAUUUGAUAAGUUUAACAAGUCGUCGACAUGAACGCCUGUAUCCUGGUUGUUGUGGGCAGGAAUUCUAUAUCGAUAUUACUUUUAAUUUAUCGAUCCGUCGUAAAACGCUUUUUUACACCGUCAACCUAGUCAUUCCAUGCAUGCUGAUAGCAAUCUUGACAACUUUCGUUUUCUAUAUUCCGGGUAUUGAACACAAAGUUUCAUUUUCGAUAGCAGUGCUAGUUACUUUGACUGUGUUCUACUUGGUUCUUAUUGAUCUCAUUCCUCCAACAUCAAUGGUAAUACCAAUGAUUGGAAAGUAUCUUUUAUUUACCAUGUUUCUCGUCUCCGCAUCAAUCCUCUUAUCCGUACUCACUGUAAGCUACUAUCGACGAGCUGGUACCACUCAUCCUAUGCCGAAAUGGAUGCGUCACAUAUUUUUGAAAACAUUACCCAAGUAUUUGUUCAUCAAGCCACCGGAAGAUGAUGCUUCUGAGGAAAGCAGCAAUAGAUCAUCAGAUUUAUUGUCAUCUUCAACAUCUCGUCGAACAAGUCCCUAUUUCUUAUCGAUCAGUAAUCUAAUCGACGGCCAAAUGCGAUUGUCUCAGCUAGCGCAGCUUCGUGGAAUGCAUCCUGACUUAAUUCGACGCAUGAUCGAUAAUGUAUCUUUUAUUGCUGAUCAUUUCCGGGCCAUGAAAAAAGAUGAUCAGGUAUCUGAGGACUGGUGCUACAUAUCAAUGGUGCUAGAUCGACUGAUGCUGAUGAUUUUCAGUGUGAUCAACGUAUGUGGUACCCUUAUUAUCCUUCUUCAAUCACCAGUACUUUAUGAUAGUCGACCACCGAUGACUAUCAAUCCGGCUAUUAAACCACUGAGUGGUGAUACACUCGAAUUAUUCGUCAAUAGCUCAUAUGUACAGUAA